GUAGGAUUAUUUUCCCACGAACGACUUGGCCAAAAAAACAAAGGAGGCCGAAUUGAAGCAACUACUUUUCUCCAUCAUCAUCACCAUCGGCGAAAUCCGCCAAAAAUUGAUCUCCAUUUGGAAAUCCAGAUCAUGCUCUAGAGCCCUAGUUUAGAUCUCGAAGGAAGACAAUGGGACGGAUCUUCGAGUACUUCGUCGUGUGCGGACUUGGUCCAGAGAUGCGAACCGUGGAUGGAGAUCUUGGAUUCCAUGGAAUGCAAACAUUCUACUUGCCUGCUCUUCUUGACCAGUUCCCUCCUACUGAUCAAUCUCCUUACCCUGCCCCUCCUCCUCAGCUUCCUACUUGUGUUCUUCCUGCUGGGGUGGAGUUCCAUUCUUCUGGUUUUGUUUCCAGUGACCCUGCAAGUUUCCCACGGAGCUAUCCCAUAGUCUUGACGGAGGGUGAUGGAUCAAAAAUAUUUGUCAGUUGCAUUGCAUUUCGGGAUCGAGUCUGUGAGGAUAUUAUUGAAGCUUAUCGCUUACCGCCGAAUACAUACGCAGACAAGUGUAUCUGUCUUGUGUCUCAUGCCCCCAAUUUCCGUGUUCUUCGUAAUUCUCUCGAAGAGAUUUUUGUUCUUUGCUUCUCUUCAGAAGGAAGCUGUAAGCCAUUGUGGGAUAUUAUCGCCUAUAUGGUAUCUAAUGUGCCAUUGCCGACUCCCGGAAAAGACAGAGUCUUGUUUGCUGUCGAGAAUUGCCUGCUCUCGGUGGAAGCACCUCCAGAGGAUAGUCUUCCUCAGGCAGAUAUAUCUCUCCAGCCUCUUGUACAAUGCUUGGAUGUCGACAACUUGAUUAAGCUGUUUACAUCUGUACUAGUUGAAAGGAGGAUUUUGAUUCGAUCCAACAAGUAUUCGCUUUUGACUCUGGUGUCUGAAUCCAUAUGUCAUUUGAUUUAUCCUUUUCGAUGGCUGCAAGUCUACAUUCCAUUACUAUUUUUUAGUGGAGUAGACUACAUUGAUGCACCAACACCAUAUAUGAUGGGUCUCCACUCUGAUGUCGAUACAUCCAAUCUUGCUAUGGAUGGCGUUGUAGUGGUGGAUCUUGACAUAAACCAAAUUACUACUUCUGAAGAGAUACCUCAGAUACCAGAGCCUGAGUUCAGCACUUUGCGAAACGAUAUCUUGAAACUACUGCACCCUAAUGUUGUAGCGAUUGAUCAGUUGAAGGGCUUUGGUAAUUCCGUUGAGCAGUGCCCUAAAAGCCUUAGCAAACCUUGGGGAGAGGAUCAUGACCUUCAACUCAGGGUUAUAUUCUUAAAGUGUUUUGCAUCUAUCUUGGGUGGCUACCGCAAUUUCAUAGAAAACAAAGUUUUUAGCACUGAUGCGUUUCUGAAGAGACGGUCUCGUUCCACAAAUCAGCCACCAGAGCCUAUGUUGGUUCAAUUCUUGGGCUCUUUUGCAUUCCUCGAUUACCUUGAAAGGCGUCUAAGCUCUGAUGAGAAGAGUACUAAUCUCCUUGAGAAGUUACAAGAUGCAGUUGGAAGGGGUCAAGAUGCAAUGUCGAUUCUGCCUAAAUCUUCUAUGGAGCCUGAAAUAAUCACAAUAGCCGAGCCAGAAGUUGAAGAAUCAGCCACCAGGUAUACCUAUGACAGGUUUCCUGCGAGUGUUCGGUCAGAGGAACAAGAAGAAAAGCGAAAGCAGAUCCUUGCAGCAGCAAGCGGGGCUCUUGAAUCCAAUGGAAGGCACCCUCCAAGCUCACCGCCAGGGAAGAACACCAAAGAAGACAAUUUCAGUUCAAUGGAGAGGGCUGCAGAAAGAGAACGAAUGGUCUUGGAUAUACAAGUCAAGUUGCAGGGAUUAUGGCUCCGUCUUCUGAAACUGGGUUCAGAUGAAGAUCCUCUUUCUUCAUUCGAAUACGGCACAAUAUUGGCUCUGAUUGAAUCUGAUGCUGAGGGGAUUGGUGGGAGUGGCUUUAUCGAGUGUAUACGAGAGCAUCUGUAUUCGGGCUGGCAUGGUCAAUUGUCCGAGGAGCAGUUCAUUGCGGUCAAAGAAUUGCUCAAAAUGGCUGUGGGCCGUGCUGCUUCAAGAAGCGAUUUGUCGACAGUGCGGGAUGCACUUGAAGUUUCUGCAGAAAUGUUCAAGAAGGAUGCCAAUAAUGUCUCUGACUAUGUUCAGCGUCAUCUCAUCUCCAUACCCAUCUGGGAGGAGUUGAGAUUUUGGGAAGGUUACUUCGAGUAUCUCAUGGAGCAGCCUGCAAAUGAAUCUGUGAACUAUGCUACUUUGGUCACAGCCAGACUAAUCAUAGUGGCAUCACAUAUGGCUGGCUUGGGACUUCCUGAUACAGAAGCUUGGAACAUGAUCGAGACAAUAGCAGAGAAACAAAAGCUUGGAUAUAAAUUACUGAUUAAACUUAGAGGGUUCCUGUCGCAUGUUCAGCAACUUCGUGUCGGCUAUUGGGGUGCUUCUUCAUUUAAGCAGCAGGCCAUAUCUGCUGGGUUGCCAUCCCCGCGUCCAAAAGAUGUCUCUGUCUCUGAUGAAACCCAGCAACCCUCAGAAGCUUCUGGAAGGAGUUGGGUUCAGAGUAUGUUUAGCAGAGAUACAGCAUCGAGAGCGAACUCGUUCAGUCGUGUUCGUAAGUGGGUAUCUGAUAAUGCAUCUUCAGACAUAACUGCUGCUGCGCAGAAGAAAAUUCAGACCAAUGUACGUGUUCUGAAGGGUCACGGUGGUGCUGUCACUGCCUUGCACUCUGUGACAAGAAGGGAAGUCUGUGAUCUUGUGGGCGAUCGCGAGGAUGCUGGGUUCUUUAUCAGCGGUAGUACAGACUGUCUGGUCGGUAUAAAAUGCUUGAUUGGAAAAAUGUUUAUAUGGUUAUUUUUCAUUCAUCAGUUUUUUAAUCAUCUAGUUGACGUUGCUUUGCACCUAUAAAUGUUCUUGAUAUCUACAUUGAGAACACAUAAAGAGUGUUAUAUUAUAUUAGAUCUAAAUAUCUAAAGGAUGGUUGCAUUCACUAUCUGUUAGGCCUAAAGAUCAUUACUUAGAGGGUCAAAGGGUAGUUCGCUCAUUUGCUAUUAAUUCUUAUCUAGAUUAAGUGAAUUAUUUUGCUUUUAUUGUUACCACAGUCGUGGAUAUAGUAAAUUAGAAUAUUUGGAAGAAUAACUUUGCCAAAGUAGAACUGGAACAAUAACCCGCAUGCUGCUUCUUUUCCUGUGCAAUGUGUCAACUUCUUAUGGAGAUAGUCAUUGAUUGAAAAGUUUUCACUUAAGAGAUGAUGAGCUUGCUCUUAAAUAGGAUGUUGUAGUCUUUCACACUUUCAUUUCUUGAAAUUUAGAUCGAGGUAAACCUUAAUACAGAAUGGUAAUGACAAUCUAGCAUCCCCUUUUGGUUGCUUCCUGAAUUUGAGCAGGUUAAAAUUUGGGAUCCAAGUCUGCGUGGUUCUGAACUUCGAGCAACUUUGAAAGGACAUACUGGAACCGUGCGUGCUAUAAGCUCUGACAGAGGAAAGAUAGUUUCAGGAUCAGAUGAUCUAUCUGUGAUCGUAUGGGACAAACAGACAACUCAACUUCUAGAAGAACUGAAAGGCCAUGAUUCACAGGUAAGUUGUGUCAAGAUGCUUUCAGGCGAACGUGUCCUCACUGCUGCACAUGAUGGAACAGUUAAGAUGUGGGACGUUCGAACCGAUAUGUGUGUUGCAACUGUUGGCCGAUGCUCUAGUGCCAUUCUUUCACUAGAAUAUGAUGACUCCACAGGAAUCUUGGCUGCUGCUGGCAGAGAUACGGUUGCAAAUAUAUGGGAUAUUCGUUCAGGAAAGCAAAUGCAUAAGCUGAAAGGGCAUACCAAAUGGAUACGAUCAAUUCGAAUGGUCGAAGAUACCUUGAUUACUGGAAGUGAUGACUGGACAGCAAGAGUGUGGUCUGUCUCCAGAGGAUCAUGCGAUGCUGUUUUGGCAUGCCAUGCUGGGCCAGUACAAUCUGUUGAAUACUCCCCGUUUGACAAAGGAAUAAUCACAGGCUCGGCGGAUGGGUUGCUACGCUUUUGGGAAAAUGACGAAGGCGGCAUUAAAUGCGUGAAAAACAUAACACUCCAUAGUUCUUCUAUACUAUCAAUCAACGCUGGUGAAAAUUGGUUAGGCAUUGGAGCAGCAGAUAACUCAAUGUCUCUUUUCCAUCGUCCUUCUAACGCCGGAACCAAAGUCUCAGGCUGGCAACUUUAUAGAGUACCACAAAGAACAGCCGCCGUGGUGAGAUGUGUUGCGUCAGAUCUCGAGAGGAAACGGAUAUGUAGCGGUGGCCGAAAUGGAGUUCUCCGGCUGUGGGAUGCCACCAUCAACAUCUGAUUAUGUCUUCCACAACUUUUUCUUUGUGUAUUUUUAAGAGUAUGUGUUAUUGUUACCUUGUAUGUUUGCUUAUGUUCUUUGAGAUAUGUGGUUUAAGAAAAUUUUGAUUUUCUUUUAUAUAUGUUUUCUCAGUGAUUCUUGUUUUGAUCAAUCCACUAAUUAAUAAACUUUGGCGUUUUAAAAUGUAUGAAAUGAGAUUCGAUUAAAUGUAAGGACCUGUCAAAAUUUAGAAAUCCAGAUAUUUG